UCCAGACGGCUCUUUUGAAGAGACAUUUUUUGAGGCCCUCAAUGAUGCAAUUGCCUGUUCUACUUUGUACUGGUCAACUUGUAAAUCUGCUGUGUCUGUUUCUCUGUCUCCCACACAGAAAGAGCUGUUUCAAGUUCCCGGCUCCUAUCCCCAUGUCUCACUGUCUAUCUCACUGUUUAUGAGCACAACGACAAAGUUGAAACAUUUUUAACUCCCCACAUCGAUUUCUCUCGCUCUUGCUUCUGUUCCACAGACACUCUGGGUGGCACACAAAUAUGACGUAGGCUUGAUCAACAACUGCCAACCGCUCGUCAUCACUCCACGUUCUGACUUCCGCCCCCACAAACACCAGUGACCCCUGCGACAAGAGGCCAUUAAGCCAUUGACGGUAUCACACCUGUAUUCAAUUCGCUUGCUUAAGAGCUUAACGCUCUCUCCCGGCUCUGCACUUCUGCAGUUGUUUGAUUGCAGCUCCAAAUCAGGCACAGUGUCAGACAGACACGCUUAAGCUACUCAAACAUUUAGCGAAGGAAGGCCACAAGGCCAGCCUUUCUUAAUUACAAUUUGUGUCUCAAAAUGUGCGUUUCCUGGGUCAUGACCUAUCUGGAGAAGGAAAAACCCUCUCCCCAAAAAGAAUCUCCGCGAUCGUAUCAAUACCGAAACCAAACACCAAAAACUAGAUGAUGUCCUUUUUGGGCAUGUGCUCAUACUGUCGAUCAUUUAUUCCAAACUACUCAUAAAUGGAACAACCGUUAUCAAACUUAAUCCAUAGGAAAAAAUCUUACAGCACACAACAAAAUAAUCUGGACUGAAGAGGGUCUUGCGGUCUUCACACAAAUGAAAUGUGCUUUGCAAACUCCUCCGACUCUUGGACUGCCGAAUCCGAAUAAGCUAUUUACUCAAACAGUAGAUGAAAGACAGGGCUGCAUGACUUCCGUGCUGCUACAACCCCAUGGUGAUAAACUCCGCAAAACUCGGCCCUGUCGCUGCAGGACUGCCACAAUAUUUGCGCGCUGUGGCCGCGGCACUCACAGCCUCACGUGACAUAGUGGGUUACGCACCGCUCACUCUGCUCGUGGUUUCUUUAAUUCUCCUCGAACAGAAAUCAUCUCACCUCUCUGUGGCUUGCUAUUUGCGUUACCACACGUGUCUCCUGGACAUGCCGAAUGUCACUAUAAAACGUUGUACUAACCUUAACCCUGCAUCAUUACUUCCUAUUCCUGGGGAUGGGGAGGCCCACAACUGUUUGGCUGAGCUCCAAGCUCAGUGCACUCCUCGCCCUGACCUAGUGGACACUCCACUAACUAACAGCGACAUGGUAAUGUAUGUGGAUGGAUCCGCCUCCCGCGAUCCUCAGCCUGGUGAAAAUCGUGUUGGUUUUGCUGUUGUUUCUGAAUCUGGUGUGCUGUGUUCAGGUCCUCUGCCAUGUCACCUCUCAGCCCAGGCAGCCGAGCUCAUCGCUCUGACCGAGGCCUGUAAACUGGCUACGGGUAAAACAGUCACAGUUCACACUGACAGUUCACCACCAACCCGCCCGUUUGAGCACAUUAUGAUGGAUUUUGUGGAGUUGUCUCGCAAGGUUGCAGCCGCCCUCCCAAAACCAGCUGAAGGCCCACUCCACAAACUGAAACCUGGUGACUUUGUGGUGGUGAAAGACUUCAGAAGAAAAAACUGGAAAGCACGACGCUGGCAGGGACCAUUCCAGAUCCUCCUAGUCACCCAAACAGCUGUCAAGUAGCUGAGAGGGCAACUUGGGUCCACGCAUCCCAUUGCAAGAAGGUUCCAGAUCUAGUACCAGCAGUGGGCUCAGGCGACCCUACCCCCACAACAAGUGUCAAU